AGAGAGGAAGCACAUUCUCUCCCAGCUCAACGAGUUUUUUAUCCAGAAUGCUAAGCUGGGGGAGGAGGACAGCAUCUCCACCUCUGAAGACAUGGACAUUGAACUGGACGAUGUGGCCAUGCAGGUAAAGGAUGCCCUGAGUGCAGCUGAAAGGGCAACUAUCAGGCUGGCAGAGAUCAGCCAAGAGAUCAUCAGCUACAUGAGCAGCACGGCCAUUUCCAACACCCAAAAGAGGAAAUCUGCUGACGACAAGUCUCGCAGUAGGCUGGACAAGGCAGUGAACCAGGCCAGAGAGGACAUCCUCCAGCUGACUGGCAAACUGCUGCAGACACAGGCAGAUCUCGAGUACAAGGAUGAGAGACUGAAAGAGCUGUUAAAGCAAAACGAGGCCAAGUUUCUGGAAAGCCAGUAUUUCAGAUCCCAACUGGAAACCACAAAGACCACUCUGAGCUGUGUCCAGAAGGAGCUGGGGUUGCAGAUAUCCAUGAGGGAGGCAGAGGUGAGGAGGCAGGCAGCCCGAAUAACUGAGCUGGAGAGAGAGGUGCAGGAGAGGGGAGUCAACCAGGGGAGCGGCCAGGAGAUCCAGCCAGCAGCCUCACAGGACAGUGAGUGUGUUCAGCCUGGGACUAGCGCCUCUGAAGCAGCCGCCAUGGAGGAGCCACGGGGGCAGAGAGGAGAGGGGGACCCGGGAGGCAGGGUAGAUAUCGAGGACCUGAAGGAGAACAGCCAGCUCCGGAUUACAGAGCUGCAGCGGGGCAACAUGGUGAGUACAUACUGCAUGAGCGGCAUUGGUUUCAUUGGUCUGCCUUGACAAGAACA